AUGCGACCCGGCAAUGAGAAUAUUAAGCUCUCUGAAUUGGUGACGAAGACAGCAAGUGACUUUAAUUGCCGCCCCGUCGAGGGUAUGCAGUCGCACCAGAUGCGGCGGAUGGUAUACGAUGCAGAGAAGGCGAUUGUUUUAAACCCGAGUGAAGAGCAUAAAAAAUCGAUUGAGAAAUGCACUUUUGAAGUCAAUGAAGUGUGGAAUAUUGACAUUCUAGUGUCAACUGGAGAUGGUAAAGCCCGUGAACACAAGGCGCGUACGACCAUAUACAAGAAAAACGAAACGCUUUAUCAGUUGAAAAUGAAAGCCUCGAGACAUGAGUUUGUGGCGCAAUUUAGGUUUACGGUGUUACUGAUGCCUAACGGUCCUAUGCGGAUAACUGGUCUCCCGUUUGAUGCAACCCUGUUCAAGUCCGAAUGCAAAGUGAAGGAUGCAGAUGUUAAGGAAAUACUCCUGCAACCUAUCAAAAUCCAGAGCAAAAAGAAGAAACCUGUCAAAUUACCCGCAGAGGCGGUUGGGGCCAAGAGCUAA